AUGUCCGAAUUGAGUGAACUUCGGACCGAAAAUACAAAACUCAAGUUUAGGUUAAGUGUAUUGAAGAACUCCAUCGACGACGAGAAGAAGCGACAAAUGCAGUCAUCAGCCAAUCCCACGACCGAUGAGCCGAAGAGCGCUAAAAGCCAAUCGUUUUCCGCAAACUUGAUUGAAGACAAGACAGCAAUGAAUAGUGUUUUGCAUUCAAUUAAGAAACUGUUUGGAACCGCUAUCCGAGAGGCGUAUCCGCAGCUCACGAACGCACCACUUCUGGUGACGCGUUCAGAUCACGCGGACUACCAGUGCAACAGUGCUCUGCCAUUGAGUAAAUACAUCGGCGGCGAUAAGCGCCUCAACCCUCUGGAUGUGGCCAACACUCUCAUCAAACACCUGCCGCCGAACCCAAUGAUGGGCGAAGUGGCGGUCGCGAGGGCCGGAUUCAUCAACAUUACGCUCAACAAAGAGUUUGUCUCGAAAUCCAUCUUAAAUGUGGUGACGAAUGGCGUUCGCGUCCAAUCGUUGGCCGACAAGAGCGCCAACAAUCGGGUUGUGAUCGACUACUCGGCGCCGAACAUAGCGAAGGAGAUGCACGUCGGG